CGGCCCGCCCGGCGGCCUCGGCCCCGGCGGGCGGCUGGCCCGAGGCGGCGGGCAGCGGCGGCGGUGCGCUCCCUUCCGCCUUUUCCUGGGUCUCUCUCGGGCAGUGACGUGACGUGCUGACGGCGGGCCCGGCCCGGGGAGCUUGGCCGCUUCCACUCAGCUCCGAGCUCGGCCCCUCCCUCCCCUCCCGCCCGCCCGCCCCGCCGCAGCCGCCGCCGCCGCCGCCGCGCUCGGCCCAGUCGCGCUGAGAGAGGCCGCGCCGAGGCGAGCGCCGCCGCCCGCCACCCGCACGACUCUGUGACUGAUGAGAGUUAAAGGCCAUGGAUGAAGAUGGGCUUGAAUUGCAGCCACACGAGCCAAAUGCAUUUUUUGAUCCAACAGGAGCUGAUGCAGGACAUAUGGAUGGAGAUCAGAUUGUUGUGGAAGUACAGGAAACAGUAUUUGUUUCAGAUGUAGUCGACUCAGAUAUAACCGUGCAUAAUUUCGUUCCUGAUGAUCCAGAUUCUGUAGUAAUCCAAGAUGUCAUUGAGGAUGUUGUUAUCGAGGAUGUUCAGUGCCCAGAUAUCAUGGAGGAGCCAGAUGUAUCUGAAACUGUUAUUAUUCCUGAACAAGUGCUGGACACAGACGUAGCCGAAGAGGUUUCUUUGGCUCAUUGCACUGUCCCAGAUGAUGUUUUAGCUUCUGACAUAACAGCAGAAGCAAUGUCUAUACCAGAACAUGUACUGACAAGUGAGUCAAUGCAUGUACCUGAAGUUGGACAUGUAGAACAUGUAGUUCAUGACAAUGUUGAAGAAGCAGAUAUUGUCACUGAUACGCUGGGAACAGAUGUUGUUUCUGAAGAAGUCUUGGUGGCAGACUGUGCAUCAGAGGCAGUGAUCGAUGCCAAUGGAAUCCCUGUGGAACAUCAAGAUGAGAAGGGCAACUGUGAAGAUUACCUUAUGAUUUCCUUGGAUGAUGCUGGUAAGAUAGAACACGAAGGUUCUGCUGAAAUUACCAUGGAAGCAGAGUCAGAAAGUGGCUCUUGUAAAGUGGAUGGCAUUUGUCCAGAAGUCAUCAAGGUGUAUAUAUUCAAAGCAGAUCCUGGAGAAGAUGAUUUAGGGGGCACAGUAGACAUUGUGGAGAGCGAGCCAGAGAAUGACCACGCAGUUGGAUUACUUGAUCAAAAUAGCAGUAUUCGUAUUCCAAGGGAGAAAAUGGUUUACAUGACUGUAAAUGACUCUCAGCAUGAAGAUGAAGACUUAAAUGUUGCAGAAAUAGCUGAUGAGGUUUAUAUGGAAGUGAUUGUAGGAGAGGAGGAUGCAGCAGUGGCCCAUGAACAGCAAAUUGAUGACACUGAAAUUAAAACUUUCAUGCCCAUAGCUUGGGCAGCAGCUUAUGGUAAUAAUAACGAUGGCAUUGAAAGUCGGAAUGGCACUGCAAGUGCUCUUUUGCACAUAGAUGAGUCAGCUGGACUUGGGAGACUGGCUAAGCAAAAACCAAAGAAAAAAAGGAGACCUGAGUCUAGGCAGUAUCAAACAGCAAUAAUCAUUGGCCCUGAUGGUCAUCCGUUGACAGUCUACCCCUGCAUGAUUUGUGGAAAGAAAUUUAAAUCUAGAGGUUUCUUGAAAAGACACAUGAAGAACCACCCGGAGCACCUUCUUACCAAGAAGAAAUACAGAUGCACGGACUGUGAUUACACUACGAAUAAAAAAAUAAGUUUACAUAACCACUUGGAGAGUCAUAAGCUGACCAACAAAACAGAAAAGCUUAUUGAGUGCGAUGAGUGUGGGAAAAGCUUCUCUCAUGCAGGAACUUUAUUUACUCACAAGAUGGUGCACAGGGACAAAGGAGUUAAUAAAAUGCACAAGUGCAAAUUCUGCGAUUAUGAGACAGCAGAACAAGGAUUGCUCAGUCAUCACCUUUUAGCUGUCCACAGCAAGAACUUUCCCCAUAUUUGCGUGGAGUGUGGCAAAGGAUUUCGCCAUCCGUCGGAGCUCAAGAAGCACAUGCGAAUCCACACUGGUGAAAAACCGUACCAGUGCCAAUAUUGCGAAUACCGCUCAGCCGACUCUUCUAACUUGAAAACUCACGUAAAGACUAAACACAGUAAGGAAACGCCACUCAAGUGUGAUAUUUGUUUCCAGACUUUUUCAGAUACCAAAGAGCUACAGCAGCAUACGCUUAUGCAUCAAGAAAGUAAAACACAUCAGUGUUUGCAUUGUGACCAUAAGAGCUCAAACUCGAGUGAUCUGAAACGACACAUAAUUUCAGUCCACACGAAAGACUAUCCUCAUAAGUGUGAUAUGUGUGAUAAAGGCUUUCAUAGGCCUUCGGAACUGAAAAAACACGUGGCAGCUCACAAGGGUAAAAAGUUACACCAAUGCAGACAUUGUGACUUUAAGAUUGCAGAUCCGUUCAUUCUGAGUCGCCACAUACUCUCAGUUCACACAAAGGAUCUUCCGUUCAGGUGCAAGAGAUGUAGAAAGGGCUUUAGGCAACAAAAUGAGCUGAAAAAACACAUGAAAACACACAGUGGCAGGAAAGUGUAUCAAUGUGAGUACUGUGAGUAUAGCACUACAGACGCCUCAGGCUUCAAACGGCAUGUUAUUUCCAUUCACACAAAAGACUACCCUCACCGUUGUGAGUAUUGCAAGAAAGGUUUCCGAAGGCCUUCAGAGAAGAACCAGCACAUUAUGCGGCAUCAUAAAGAUGUUGGGCUGCCUUAAAGUCUCUUUCACAGACUUAACGGCUGGAAUUAUAAAGGAAUUUUGCCUUUCAGGCAGUUAGCUUAUUUUAAAGCCAAUCACCUGCUAUCACACACAAAAAAAAACCCAACAAAAAAAAAACAUACUGUGCAUUUGAUUUGUUGCUGUAUAAAAAUAGGAUUAUUGCUUCUAGUUGACUUUUAUACCUUUUGUUCAAUAGCGUGUUCUGAAUUCUAUUCAGUUUGUUUAAUAAAUGAAGAAAAGAUGGCAACAAUAAAGUUGCAUUUAAUAAAGUAAACCCCGUCUCU